AUGUUUCUAGCUCGACAGAACCUUCCUUUUCGUGGUCAUAGGGAGGAUAUGUUAUCAAUAAACAAAGGCAAUUUCCUGGAACUGGUGGAGUUACUAUCAGACUAUGAUCCUGUUUUGAAAGAACAUCUUUUGGAGAUUAAGCAUGCUAUUCCAUCUCAGACAUCUGGAAGGAGAGUGAGCUCUUAUUUGUCACCAAAUAUUCAGAAUGAAUUCAUCUGUCUUCUAGGAAAUAAUGUUAAGGAAAAAUUUUUGGCUGACAUCAAGAAGGCCAAGUAUUUUAGAAUUCUUUUUGACAGUACACCUGAUAUUUCUCAUACAGAUCAGAUGUCCGAAGUGAUUAGAUAUGUUCAUAUUGAAGGUGAUUCUGUUGAAGUAAGGGAAUCUUUCUUGGGUUUCUUUCCUAUUGCUGGAAAAACUGCAAAUGAGCUCACAAAGGAUAUCCUGAGUAAUUUGGAGAGUGAUGGGGACAUUAACUUUUGCCGCAGUCAAGGAUAUGAUAAUGGUGCAACUAUGGCUGAGAAACUUAAUUGCUUUCUUUCACUUUCAACUCACCGAUGGGAAGUACUGAAAGAAAAUUUGAACCUGACAGUCAAAAGACUUUCUCAGACUAGAUGGAAUGCACAUCAUGAUGCCGUAAAGCCUCUCAAGAAACAUAUUGAGAAGCUGGUCAUAGCUCUGGAAAAAGUGACGGAUCAAAGAGAAAAUGUUGACACAAGAGGAUCAGCUGAAGUUUUGCUUAAAGCUCGGAAUGAAAUUGUGGAGAGAGCGAUUCAAUAUGCAACUACACAAUGUGAAGAAAUUGGCACCUCCAUGGAAACAAGAGGGAGGAUAAGACGUAAGAAAAUGAUGCCAGGAGAGAUGGCUAGGGAUGCUGGACUGACAAUGCAAGAGGAAAUCAGGAGAUCAAUGUUUGAAUGCUUAGAUCGAUUUAGUCUAGAAUUGGAUGCUCGUUCAGAGGCUAUUCAGCCAAGCUACAUGCUUUCUGCAAAAGAAGAACAACUUCAGGGUAUUAUUUCAAAUUCAAGCAUGACCAAGAUUUUUAAUGAAAUUUCUGAUGAGGACACAUGA